CGGUUUGAUGACGUCAUAGCAGUGCGGUUGGUGGUCACGUGAGGGAAAAUGGCGGCGCGCGGCGGCGGGAGGAGGAAGCGGAGGGAUGAGGACCCUCGUGUGCGGCUGUCGAAGGCGCUGAGCUUCUUCCUGCGGCACGGAGCGCGAGAUGCGGGGCUGCACAUGGCCGACGAUGGUUUUGUGGAGGUGGGGGCCCUCCUGAAGCUUCCUGCCUUUGCCGGGGUGUCAGUGGAGGAGCUGAGGGAUGUGGUGGAUUCCGACCCCAAAGGGCGCUUUGCUCUGCGUCCCAACCCGCUCAGCGUCAGAGCCAACCAGGGGCACUCAGUGCAG